AUGGCAUGGGCGGAGACUACCCAGCACUCGCCGUGUGAGUGCUGGGUGGUGGUGCAGCAGAACACGCGGGGCUUUAUAACGGGCCUACUGGAAUGGCAAAGCUCGGAGGAGGUGGAGUUUCAGCUCUUGGAGCUGAAGCCGGGCUACACCGUGGUGGGCGAGGUGGUCAAAGGACCUCAGCUCUUCGGAAGGGUGUGUUGGCGUGUGGCAAAUCUAAACCUGCGGCCACCGGACAUCCGCAAGGGCGAGCGCUUGCACCUCGAGAGCCCCAGCUGGGCGCUGAGCGGCCGCUCCACCGCCUCCCAGCCCUCGGCGCCGAAGGCCCCCCCCGAGCCGCAGCUGCCGGAGGAGGAGCCGCCCGUGCGCGCGCUGAGCGGGCGAGUGGGCACAACCUCUGAGCGUCCUGUGCCCAAGUUGGACUUCACGCUGAUAAAUGCCAAGCGCAUAGUGGAGACCAGGAGCGACUGCAAGCAGCCGCUAUGUACAGCUUUCUGGCAAUGCUUGUGA